UGGAUACCCAGCAGCGUUUUCCUAUUUAUAUAUCAUCCCAUGGCUUUAAGGUUGAGGGUGUCGGACUCGCACGAUUUGACUCUAUAACCAUCAAAACGGUACCGAAUGGAAAGCGCGCCAAAGCAAACACACUGUUGCUUUCUGCAUUAUUCCGUUUUGCUGUGGUUUAAGAUGGCAUCGUCGGAGCGGAAGAUUCUGGUGACCGGCGGGGCCGGGUUCAUCGGCUCUCACACCGUCGUCCAGCUGCUUAAGGAGGGGUUUAGGGUUUCCAUCUUUGACAAUCUUGACAAUUCUGUUACGGUGGCAGUUGAUAGGAUCCGGGACUUGGUGGGGCCGGAACUUUCUCAGAAACUCCAAUUCCAUCUGGGUGAUCUUCGGAACAAAGAUGACUUGGAGAAGCUCUUUUCUCGAACACGAUUUGAUGCCGUGAUCCAUUUUGCUGGCCUAAAAGCUGUUGGGGAGAGUGUUGCGCAUCCUCGCCGCUAUUUCGAUAACAAUCUAGUUGGUACUAUCAAUCUUUACGAGGUUAUGGCGAAAUACAAUUGCAAAAAGAUGGUUUUCUCAUCAUCUGCAACUGUUUAUGGUCAACCUGAAAAAAUACCUUGUGUUGAGGAUUUCAAGUUGCAAGCUAUGAAUCCCUAUGGAAGGACCAAGCUUUUCUCUGAGGAAAUUGCUCGAGAUAUUCAGUUGGCAGAGCCAGAUUGGAGAAUUAUACUACUUAGGUACUUCAAUCCUGUUGGGGCUCAUGAGAGUGGUAGAAUUGGUGAAGAUCCAAAGGGUAUCCCAAACAAUCUCAUGCCGUACAUACAGCAAGUAGCUGUUGGUAGAUUGCCUGAGCUUAACGUAUAUGGUCAUGAUUAUCCAACAAAGGACGGUAGUGCGAUCCGAGAUUACAUCCAUGUCAUGGACUUGGCAGAUGGUCACAUUGCUGCGCUUCGGAAGCUUUUCACAACAAAGAAUAUAGGUUGCACGGCCUACAACUUGGGGACGGGCUGUGGUACAUCUGUGCUCGAAAUGGUCGCUGCAUUUGAGAAAGCUUCUGGCAAGAAAAUCCCCAUUAAGCUAUGCCCAAGGAGGCCAGGAGACGCUACUGCUGUUUAUGCUUCUACAGAUAAAGCAGAGAAAGAACUUGGAUGGAAGGCAAAAUAUGGUAUUCAGGAGAUGUGCAGGGACCAAUGGAAAUGGGCAAGCACCAAUCCAUGGGGAUACCAGUCCAAGCCAUGAUGGUGCGAAAUGUACGAUUUGUACAAACCCUUUGUCAUCACAUUUUACCGGAUCACAUUCCACAUUUUUUGAGCUAUCUGCCUAGCCAUAUAGGAAAAUAAAUGUGUUUAGUAAUCUAUAACAUAUGUAAUGUUUAGUAAUCUAUAACAUAUGUAAUUUUCGAAGCAAGAGUUUUGCUUCUGUUUAGCCACGUCAUCCAAUUUUUAUAUUAAAUGUUGAGUUUGAUAAUUUAAGUUUAAAGAUAAUUGAAAUACCAUGUUACAUAAGUAUGCAAUUUGCUUUUUUGUA